GGGUCAAGGGAAAAAGAGAACCAACGUCCGUCCGUCCGUCCCUCCCUCCCUCCCUCCAUUGAUUCUUUGGUUGCUCUGCUUGACUCUGUUCCGUGUUCUGUUUCCUCUGCCCGAUCCUCUUAGCCUCUUCUCGUUCCGAGCCAAAUUCCCCACUUCUCUCUCUGUCUCUCUCUCUCUCUCGCUCUCUCUCUCUCUGUGGAGCUGUUAAACGGGAGGCCCAAUUAUAGGCAGAGAAAGCGCCUCUUUAAAGAUAGAUUGACGGGUUAUAUGGUGUCGUCAAAGUAGUUAGUCGUUGCCCAUCUCUCUGUCUCUCUCUGUCUCUCUCUCCUCGUAAUUUUGCUCUGGAGGAACUCGUCAAACGAAGCACCAGGGGGGGAAAGAAUGGAAAUCCUAAAAAAGAAGAUUUGGAAUUGUCAAACGUAUUCCCGUGAAAUUGAUUGAUUGAUUCCUUUGUCAAUCUCUCCACCCAUUUUGCUCCAAUGGGUUCUCUCGCCUCACAUUUGUCAUCUUGAUUUCCUUUUCUUUCUUUCUUUUUUCCUUUUUUCCGGGGUUGUUUUUAGGGGGAAACAAUGGCGUCUUCUCAGGUGGAGAUCGCGGCAGCUUCGUCUCCGUUCGGUUGCGUCUUGAGGGAUCACAGCCGGAGAGACGGAUGUAACAGGGACUUUCGCAAGAACCUCAAGGACUUGGUCAGAGAUCACCUCCACACGUGCCUCCCCGGUGACAAUGCGUCUCGCAACCCCAUCGUCGCCAACAACUCCGACACCAACAACGACAGCGACAACACCGACGCCAACGACAGGAACAAUCGCGCGAAUUUAAGGCCUUUGUGCGGCUCGAAUGGCAUUGACAGAGACAGAGACGGACAGGAAUUGUCGCCGCCGCCACUGACGCUGAGGCAAGCUCGGGGUUCCGAUCGAUGGGCACCUCAACAAGCUGGAGACAUGGUGUCCUCCACCAUGGAGAUACCUGCUCCUUCUCCUCAUUCUUCUUCUUCUUCUUGUGUGUCGAAUUCGCAAUCCCAAUCGGAGAGCGGUAACAAUAAUUCAGGGGUCGGAGGAGGAGCUUCUUCUCUUGUGCAGAUGUGGGAGGCCAGGCUUAAUCGGUCAACAAGCAUCAACAGGAGCAAUAACAUCAAUAUUAGCAUCAACAUCCCCAACAAUAACGCUAACCAUAACAGCAGUAGCUGCAGCAGCAAUUCGUAUUCUUCCGCGUCGAGCAGUUCCAGCAGGAGUCCUAAAUCUAUUGCUUCCGCAAAUGUGGAAGAUUUGUCGAGGGUACCUGACCUGGAAUUGAGCGAUAUAAUGGUUGCUUCUGAGGACCCGUCUCCUCCACCUUCUUCUUCAUCAUCUAUAGCAGAUAGUGCGGCACUAGGAGGAGGAGGAGGAGGAGGAGGAGGGCAGAAACAGAAGGUUAGAGUGGCUGAUAUCAUCAGGAGAUUGACUAUUUCUGAUAACGAUCAUGACACGAAUGGGAAUAGCGGAUCGCCAUCUGUAUCGGAAUACAUGGAGGCACAGAGGGGAUUUGUGCCGGUCUUGAGUUCGCCGAGGAUAAGAGGGCGACAAGCCUUUGCCGACUUGCUCAUGCUGAUGGAGCGCGACCGACUUAGGGAGCUUGACUCCUUAUCCGAGCGCCGAGCAGUUUCUCAGUUCUCGCACAAAGGCCGUAUUCAGUCAAUGCUCAAGCUUAGAUUUUUGCAACGCGGCAUGGCGGACCGCGAUCGACAGCGCCUCAUUUUGGGAGCCUUUGGAGGGAAUUCCUCACCUCAUAAUAGUUCAGCUAUCAUGCAUCUCAGGGAAAGAUUUAGCACGGCCAUGGAGCAUGACUUGGGAGAUCAGAAUCACCCAGUUGAGCCAAGAAGCUCUCCUCGGCACCCACUUUCGAAGAACUCCGGCACUGCAAACACACAGUGUCGGACUAGUCAUCAUCAGGAAGAUAAUGCUAAUACGAUUGAGCACUCGUGUGCUCUCCCAAUUCCUUCAUCAGCACACUCUAUCGAAGAUCUUCAUGAUGAGGCUAGUCCAACUUCGAAUGCCAUAUCAAAGCACUCGUGUGCUCUCCCAGUUCCUUCAUCAGCACACUCUAUUGAAGAUCUUCAUGAUGAGGCUAGUCCAACUUCGAAUGCCAUAUCAAAGCACUCGUGUGCUCUCCCAGUUCCUUCAUCAGCACACUCUAUUGAAGAUCUUCAUGAUGAGGCUAGUCCAACUUCGAAUGCCAUAUCAAAGCACUCGUGUGCUCUCCCAGUUCCUUCAUCAGCACACUCUAUUGAAGAUCUUCAUGAUGAGGCUAGUCCAACUUCGAAUGCCAUAUCUGAAGAUGAUACAAGCCUUGGGAGUAGCAACAGCAAUCUUGAAUUAGAACAUCCAACUGAAGCGUCCAGAGCUCUCCGUGAACAGGCAAGUCAAGCUCUGACUGUCAUAUGCGAAGAUAAUAGAAGGGUCGAGAAUAGCAACAGCAAUCUUGAAAUACAACAAACGACUGCUGUGUUCUCACCUCUCCAUGAAGUAGCCAGUCCAACUUCGGAUGUCAUGGCCCAAGCUACAAGCUCUGAUGCUAGAAAUGGCAACAAUCUUGAAUUACAACAACCCACAGAUGCAUUAUCAUCUCUACAUGAAGAGGCAGCUCCGCCUCCGAGUGUCAUAAGUCAAGGUACAAGCUUUGAGGGUUGCAACAGAAAUAAUGUUCAACCACAAGCAGCAACAGACACAUUAUCAUCUUUAAGUGUCUGGUAUGAAGAUGACAUUACGGAGGAGCAAGAUGCUGAUAAUGCCAACGAAGAGGAAGAAUGGUACAGAGAACGUGGAGGCACUUAUGACUGGUUCAGGGAUAUAAGUCGUCCACGAAGUUAUUGGGAGGACCGAAGGCAAGAAUGGUACAGAGAGAUGCUUGAAACAAACUCCGUAAAUGAGGAAAUCCGCCAACUUAUCGAGAGGGGCAGAGUUUCCAGUUUCUUGUCUAGUGACUUCCGGGAGAGAAUGGACGCGUUGAUGACAUCUCACUUCCAGAGACAAACCCAACCAUUAGGUCACCAAGAAGAAGAGCAAGAUGAUUUAAGCAGUCAAGAGAGAAUGGAACAAUUAAUGUCAUCCUUGUUACAAGGCCAUGAACAUCCAGUUGGCAACCAACAAGGGGAAGAAGAGCGUAACGAACUGGGACAACAAGAAGAAGAGCAGGAAGAGGGGAAUGCACCAGAAGAUGACGAACAAGAAUAUAUCAUUGAGGAUGAGGAGGAUGACGAUAAUGACGAUGAAGGGGAGGAGAUAGAGGAGGAGGACGAUGAUGAAGAAAUGGAGGAUGACGAAGAAGUGGAAGGACAAGAGGAGGAGGAGGACGAUGAGGAGAGAGGAAGCCUAAUUGGGCAUCAGUAUCAUGAAGCGAGCGAUUAUUUUGAUCAUUCCACAUCUUCAUUCCACAUGCCUUCUCAAUCUCUGAGAUCGUGGAGUUACAAUGAUAAUGAAAUGAAUGACGACCAUGAACAAGUUGCUUCUACGUCAUCCGAGCAACCUCCACCAUCUCAUUCCUACUACGAGGAUCCUCAGCAGCAUUCUACCUGUAUGGAUAACCUUUCGAUGGAAAUGGAACUUAUAAUCGAUCUGAGAGGACAAAUGAGGCAACUCCAACGUGAGAUGUCCGAGCUCAGGAAAUCAAUAAAAGGCUGCAUGGAGAUGCAGGUGACAUUGCAAGACUCCAUGAAACAGGAGAUGAGUUCUGCGAAGUCAGUAGACAAAGUACCCAGAAAAGGGAAUUGUUGCGUCUGCUAUGAGAAGCAAGUGGACUCGCUACUUUACAGAUGUGGGCACAUGUGCGCCUGUCUCAAGUGUGCCCAUGAAAUGCAAUGGAGCAGCGGGAAAUGUCCAAUAUGUCGAGCUCCCAUAGUGGAUGUUGUGAGGGCGUACACAGAUUCAUAGAAGGUGUGUUGAUCGAGUUCUUGCUUCAGAGGACCGUCUCAAUUCGUGCCAGUAACCUCGAUGAAGGUUGAAUCAGGAGACGUAAUUGAUGAAUAUCCAAGUGGAAUUUUUGUAUGCGGGAGAUACUAAUCUUUGUACAUGCUGACUAUAGGAUCGGAAUUCACUUGACAUUUGGAUGUAUGGGCGGUGUAUAUUGUUUUGAUGAGCUAGGCUACCUAACAAAAUCAGCAAUUUCUCUGUGAUAACAACUUUAAGAGAAUUACCUUCAGACAUCAGACUGGAUGAUUCUGUCCAAAAUAGGAAUAAUGCAUGGCAAUGGUUAUGGAA